AACACGUCUGUUCAAAUUACGUUUUUAUAUCAAUUUAAUUUCUGUUACACACUUUAUUACAAAAGUAAAAAAAAAAUGUCCUCUAAUGUUUUUAUAGAAGAUCAAAUGGGUAGACGUUUGGACCGUUGUGUUUCAGACGCGUUAAUUAAAGGAUGUGGGGGCCUCGUCAUUGGAUCUGCCGUAUCUCUAUUAUUUUUUAAAAGAGGAGCGUGGCCUGCAUUGAUUGGGGCUGGAUUUGGAAUCGGCGUCGCAUAUAGAACAUGUGAAAAUAACUUAAAUUCUUUUAAGUGAAUAAAUCUUUGUCGCUUAUUAAUAAAAAUAAACCAUUUACAAAGCAACAAAAAA